AUGGCAAUAGCAUUCCAAGAAGAAGUAGAAGAGGCAUUGGCAGUAGCGGUGGCAGUAGCAGUGGUAAGUGGUAGUGGCGGUAGCAGUGGCGGUAGUAAUGGUAGUGGCAGUAGCAGUGGUAGUGGUACUGGUAGUGGCAAUAAAAUCGUAGUCACAGCAACAGUAGCAGAGGCAGUGGCAAUAGUGGUAGCAGUAGUGGUAGCAGUUGUAGUAGCGGUAGCAGUAGUAGUAGCAGUAGCAGUAGCAGCAGCGGUAGCAGUACUUGGCAAUAUAACCAACAAUUCUCGACAUAAAGUACGUAGAGAGCAAAUGGGAGGGUUGAAAUUACAUCGUUUUAACUUACUUCUCUCCACGCCUCCACCCCUUUAA